AUGCCUAUUUUAAGUUGUCUAAAUAUUUUUCCUGCAUAUUUUUGUUAUGUAGUACGCCUAUGGUUUCAGCAAUUCGGAGGGAAACCGAUAGAAUGUUUAGUGCCCGACAUAUUUAGCAGCUCAUGGGAGCAGUAUGCUGAGAAUUAUUGUUGGGCCCAAGACACGUACUAUGUGCCUAUGAGCCAAGCUGUUGCUGGUAUGCCUGAUGACGAUCGCCGUAAACGGCAAAUUAGUUACUACCAGUGGGUACCAUUUUUUCUUUUGGCUGAAGCAGCCUGCUUUCGACUUCCCAGUAUUUUAUGGCAAUAUCUGGCCUGCCAUUCGGGUAUUAAAAUCCAUGAAGUAGUCAAGCUGUCGUCUGAUCCGAACAACAUCAAACCGGAUAUUAAACGAGCAAAUAUAAGAUCGCUCACCGUUCAUCUUCAGCAAAUUCGCCCGCAUCGCCUAUUUUGGUUUUGCAAUUUGCCAUAUUCGGCAUUUUUUGUUACGUGGAUGUAUUUGUGCACAAAGUUCUUCUACUUGGCAAAUGUGUGCUUACAGCUGUUGCUUAUGAACAAGUGA